UUACAAAAUUACUCUGCAAAGUGAGGUCCAAACUUGCAGUUGUUUUGACUUGGAAAGAAAACCCGAAGGAAGAAAGCAAAAGCAACAUAGAGUAGAUCGCCAACUUCAACAAAUGAACGCAUAAAAGAUAACUUUGUUUCAUUGUUUGUGACGACAACGUGUCUGUCAUCUCCGCCCUCAUGCGCUUUCAUUUCCCCUUAUAUUCUUCUUCCUCUUUCUCCCUCUUUUCUGACUUCACUUCCAUUUCUUCAUUGCCACUCAUCUUUUCUUCCUCCUAUUUCUCCACUUUCAUUUCAAUGGCUCCUGCUUUUGAACCUCUCUCUCCCCCACACCAAGAAGCUGAACCCCAAACUGCAACACCCCAUCACGCUGACACUGUAAACAAUUUUGGGAAUGAUGGUCAAGUUGUCUCUAAAUCAAAGGUCACUGUUGUUGGUAGUGGUAAUUGGGGUAGUGUUGCUGCUAAGCUCAUUGCUUCUAACACUCUCAAGCUCAACUCUUUUCAUGAUGAAGUGAGGAUGUGGGUAUUUGAGGAGACAUUGCAAACGGGUGAAAAGCUUACAGAUGUCAUUAACAAAACUAAUGAAAAUGUUAAAUACCUUCCUGGUAUUAAGCUCGGCAAAAAUGUCAUUGCGGAUCCAGACCUCGAGAAUGCAGUAAAAGAUGCAAACAUGUUGGUCUUUGUGACCCCUCAUCAAUUUAUGGAGGGCAUAUGCAACAGGCUUGUUGGUAAAGUAAGGGGAGAUGUUGAGGCUAUUUCUCUUAUUAAAGGGAUGGAGGUCAAAAUGGAAGGCCCUUGUAUGAUCUCCAAUCUUAUAUCCGAGCAGCUCGGCAUCAAUUGUUCUGUUCUAAUGGGGGCAAAUAUCGCAAAUGAGAUCGCUGUGGAGAAAUUCAGUGAAGCAACGGUUGGAUAUCGAGACAAUCGAGAGAUUGCGGAGCAAUGGGUUAAAUUAUUCAGUACCCCUUAUUUCAUGGUCACUCCUGUCCAGGAUGUGGAAGGGGUUGAACUAUGUGGAACUUUGAAGAAUGUUGUGGCCAUUGCAGCUGGUUUCGUGGAUGGACUUGAGAUGGGAAAUAACACAAAGGCUGCGAUAAUGCGAAUUGGUCUAAGAGAGAUGAGAGCUUUCUCCAAACUGUUAUUUUCAUCUGUUAGAGAUAGUACCUUCUUUGAAAGCUGCGGAGUUGCUGAUGUCAUCACAACAUGCUUGGGGGGAAGAAACCGAAAAGUUGCAGAGGCAUUUGCUAGGAAUGGAGGAAAAAGAUCUUUUGAUGACCUAGAAGCUGAGAUGUUGCAGGGCCAGAAAUUACAGGGUGUAUCCACGGCAAGAGAGGUCUAUGAAGUUUUAAGCCAUCGCGGAUGGCUAGAGUUGUUUCCUCUAUUUGCAACAGUGCAUGAAAUCUGUGUUGGUCGACUUCCACCAUCAGCCAUUGUCGAAUACAGCGAGAAGAAACCAAGGUUAUCCCUCUUAGAGGACCCCGCCUGUUACCAAUGACUUGUACUAAAAGAUCUUACAUUUCAGUUCGUAGAAGUUGCUUUCUUCAUUUACUCAUCAGUCAGCAAGUAUAAAAGAGAAGGCUCGAACAAAGACUGCAAAAAUGUCUUGCCAAUGGCAACAACAUGUUGAGUGUUGAAUUUGAAGAUGAUAGGAAAGUUUCUUACGACUAGAAGGUGGUUUUUGUUUUUUUUU